AUGAAUCGACGUUCAUUAAGUGCUGAAUCGUUAAGUCCAUUGCAGGUACCUAUUACUACGAACACUAAUUUAUCAUUAAAAUCGAAAUCCUACGAUCGAUGGGCAGUAAUCUGUUUAAUAAUUGCAACAUUAAAUAUAAUGCAUGCUUUAUGGGUAUUAAUUGCACCUGAACAUUGGUAUCACAAUUUACCAGCUGGCGUUCCUGAAUUUGGUCCAAUCAAUGUUCACUUUAUACGUGAUCUUGGUUGUGUAUUUUUACUUCAUGGCGUUGGGCUUGUUUUUGCUGCAUUUAAUGUGUCCUAUCGUUUACCAUUAUUUACAAUGAACACAGCAUUUUAUGUUUUACAUAUGUUCGUACAUGUUCAUGAAGUAGUUAGUGGACGAAUACGUAUGGGUAUGUUCUGGGUCGAUUUACCUGGUGUUUAUUUUCCAGCAGUUAUCUUUUUUAUAUUAAAUAUUUUCAUGAUAAAACACCAUCAAAAUCAAAGCAAAAUACAAUUUAAUAGAAAAUGA